AUGGCUAAACAAGAAUAUAACUUUCCAGCAUUCGAUGACCUGCCAAAGGUGAAGGAUAUGCCACAAGGCAGCAUAUGGGGUUUCUUCGACAAGAAUGGAGAGAAAGACGAAGUCGGAACUAUUAACCUUCUCACUUCGGAUGUCGUGAAAGCCGCUUCCAAGGAGAUCAGCACCGGCGAGCACAUCCAACUUGAUUGGGAACUUCACAACGUCCAGUUUCCAGGCUUCAACCGAAAAGAAUUGGAGCAAAAGCAGAUCGACUUUGCAGAAUUCUCCAACUUCUGCGCUAAUGAUGAUGAGCUUCACAUCAACACGCAAGCCGGCUCGCAGUGGGAUAGUCUAAAGCAUUUCGCGCAUCAAGCGAGCGGCAUGUACUACAACGGUCUCUCACAUAAGGAGGCAGCUAAGAGCGUCACGAACGGUACGCACAAGUGGUGCGAAAGAGGUGGUAUCGUUGGAAGAGGUGUUCUAUGUGACUGGCUGAGUUGGUAUGAAGAGAAGAAGGGGAAAGCACCAAGCCCGGUAUCGAGACAUGAGAUUCCAAUUGAGGAGAUAGAAGAGACGCUAAAGUGGCAAGGCAUUACGCUGAAGCAGGGUGAUAUUAUGAUGAUACGAAGUGGUUACGUGAGAUGGCAUAACAAUGCCAACGAAGCGGAGCGCAAGAGUGGUACGCGUGAUAACAGUGUCGCCAUCGGUCUUCAGGCCAACGAGAAGACUGUCAGAUGGCUCUAUGACCGUCACUUCUCCGCGAUCGUUGGCGAUACUGUUGCUUUCGAAGCCUGGCCACCGAAGUUCGAGGAGGGGUGGUGCCUUCAUGAAUGGCUCCUCGUUCACUGGGGUACCGCUAUCGGUGAGAUGUGGGACCUUGAGAAGCUUAGCCAAAGGUGCAAAGAGAUGGGCAGGUAUACUUUUUUCUUGACCAGUGCGCCACUGCAUGUUAGGGGCGGCAUCGGAAGCCCACCAGGAGCUAUCGCUAUCUUUUAG